AUGCAUGCAUUUCCCCGAACAACCAGGGUGGGAAAGCACAUCCCGGCCUCGGCCCGCCAGGCGCCUAGACGGAGCCUCCAAGAGCGGGCUCUGGAGAAGCCGGUUCCGCGCCAAUUUGGAGAGCCGCAGUGGCGGGGAGCCGUGGGUGGAGGGAACCGAGUCUGGUGUCGCGUCCUUCAGGCUCCCUUCCCUUCUUCCCAGCCCCACCCGGCGGGCAGUGCCGCUUGCAGGGGCGACCGGACCCCAAUUCCAGAAGAGCGGGGGGGGGGGGGUAGAGGGCUCCCGCCAGACAAGGUUCCCUUCCCUCCCGCAUCCCCCCUGGAGUCAGCACCUCCUCACCGCCAGACCCUCUACAGCUCGGCUCAGCUGGCCUCGCCCGCGCGCGCCGCGCCCUGCCCUCAGUGCGCGCGGGCGGGCGCCGAGUGGCCGCAGGGCUGCCCUCCCGGCCGGUGCUCCUCCGCCCCGCCCGGCGCUUCACCUGCGCGCGCCGCGGCUGCAGCAGCCCGCCAGGCCCCUCCCCCGUGCGGGGGCCGUCCUGCUCACCCCUGUCCCUCCCGCGGUGGCUCUGGGAUCUCGGGGUGUCAGGCGGCCGUUCGGCGCGGCACCGCCGGGGAGGGACGCGGCCCCGCCCAGGCCUCGGGGAACCCGGGUCUUCCCCGAAACGCGGGGCGCGGGAGCCGAGGGCCCGCCCCUCCGGGAGGGGCGAGGCGGUGGCUGAGGAGCCGGCCAAUGGCGAGUGAGGACGGCGGCGGGGCCGGCCAAUGGCGAGUGAGGACGGCGGCACAACGUGGAGCGGCCGCAGAAUGUAAACACGCCGGAGCGCGCGGCCCGCCACGUGCGGAGCGGGAGCCAUCCGCCGGGCGACGGGCGGCUCGUUCCCUCCCCCGGCCCCCGGCGGCCGCGCACAGGAAGGCGCCUCUGCCCCUGGAUGAGCCCUGAAGCCAUUCGGUCCCUUGUCCAAACUACCAGCAAGUUCUGUGGACUCCGGCUACACAAAUAGUCUAAAUCUACUUGCUAUUCGUAACUCAUUCUACUUCAUGCCAGCAACAUUCCCUGAUCUACUCUUGUUAAGUGAGAUUAUACAGGCAGCAUGCUUAGCAAGAUUCUUGACACAAAGUUAUCUGGAUAGGGCAACUGUUAUUCUACAAAUAUUGAGUCCCUACUAUGUAUAAGGCAUAGUGCUGAGCACAGGGGAACCAGCAGUGAACAAGAACCACACAGGAAGUGAAAUAGUGCAGUUACUGAGGUAGCAGAAAGAAUUACCAGAUGGUCCUCAGACCUCCCUGGUGCAGUUCUCCAGUAAGUAACAUUGGAUAGCUGAGAAGAUCCUCAGUGGAGAAGGAGCCGACAGACACUAUGGAAUCCUAUAUAAGUGAGAGCAUUGCCCAGAUGGUCAACAUCCAGACAGAGGAUCAAAGGAACAAGCUGGGGACCAUUUCCUGCAAGAAUUUAUAGGGAAGAAAUUAAGAAGAGAAACCGGCUGGGCAGUGGUGGUGCACGCCUUUAAUCCCAGCACUUGGGAGA